GUGGGUAGCCAUCGCAUUUGGACGCUAACGCGUCGCGGGUGUUGCCGUUGUGGGUCUAGCGCCGCCCAUGGCUCCCAAAUUUGUCUUCAAGCAUUACCUGAAGCCGCAGGCUGCCGGAAAGACCACAACCAACAUUCGUGCAUCACAGUUGAGUCCAAAGCCAGCGACCAGUGCCAGCAUAGCACGUUCAGAAGCACCAGUGGAAAUAUCUGUGCUGCAGUACAUUGGUCAGGCAGGUGCUAUCGUCACUGGGUUACCAGAGCCGUUGCAUGAUCAGCCGCUCUACCAGGUGCAGCUUCGUCAUGACGCGCGGCCGUCUCUGCUCAUGAAAACGAUCCUCAACUUCAACAACUACUUGGCCGACUUGCACUCCCAGCAGCCCGGGGUCCCCUCCUCGCUGCAACACCUCCGCGAUGAGGGCAUCCAAUUGCAGAUCGUCAACAGCCAGCGAGACAGUGGCCCAAUGGUGCCAUGGCGGAUCGCCUUCUACGUGACCGGGGAUGUUCCCGCCUUAGUGAAUGCUCUCCAGCUCAUCGACUCGUUCCUUGAUUGGCGUGGAGCGCACGUAGCAGAAGGCGAGGCCGCAUUUCCACCACAGACCCAAGUUCAACUGAUGGUGCCAUCCAGCCUCCACCAAGCUCUGAGCCAAGAGACCUGGACGAACAGCACGAGCAUCACCAUUCCUCCUCGGUUUUCACCCUUCCAGGCGGCCCCGCCAUCUGGACAUCACCUGCAGUUUGUGAUUGAAUGUGCCACAGACGGGAUAGUCCUGCAAGGCACCUUUCUAGGCUGCACAUGGCCUUUUCGGCGCGAAUUGGAGGAGCAUGGUGUGCUUGGCGCACGCACCGCCGACGAUCAGUAUGUCAGAGUGGUGGAGCUGUUGGAUGCCACCAAACAGGCGGAUCGUACCUGGCUGCUGGCAACGAUUCUUCGAGAUGUUCUGAAAGAAAUCGUGCUUGGCGUGGAAGUCAUUGAGCGGCCACCUGACGAUUCCCCAGCCGCAGACUUUCUUGGCUUGAUCAUGGAUCUUCCACAGGUGUACUUGCUGCCGUGACUUCACCGUGUUAUGUUCCCAGGCAGUGCUCUUGCAGGAGCCGGCUACUCUUUUGCCUUUCAGAGAAGCUGCUCAGCACCUUCACUCAUCCGGGUGCUUUGCGGGAACUUUUUUUUUCAAUGACAUGUAGCCCCGUGCAUACAGCGUUUCCUCCACAAGAGAGGCUCCACAGCCGCAAGCUGCAGAUC